AUGUUCGCCUGCUCCCCCAGAUUUGCCUUGUUAGCAGUGCAUUCAUUCACUACUCUGUCCAACGGGAAACACUACCCACGACAUAGCAUGGGCCGAGAGGACGUGACCGAGGUGGAGCAGGCAGAGGAGCAGGCGAAGCAGGAAGACCAGAUACUCAAGAAACAGGAGCUGUCUAACCUGCUUCAUGAGAAGAAGUACCUGAAGGCUCUGGGCCUGGCCAUCUCCCUGGACCAGCCACACACUGUGCUCAAAGUCAUUAAAGCGAUCCGCCAGGGGGAAGAUGGUGCUAAGCAGCUGGAGAAGACUGUGCUGAAGCUGCGUCAGGACCAGAAAGAGUCUAUGCUGCGCUACUGUGCUGUGUGGAACACCAAUGCCCGGAGCUGUCUGGACGCCCAGGCUGUGAUCCAGGUGAUGCUCACACACCUUUCCCCUGAAGAGCUGCUCCAGUACCAGGGAGCACGCGCACACCUGGAGGGACUCAUACCUUACACUGAGAGGCACAUGCAAAGGAUCGGCCGUCUGCUGCAGGCCUCCAUGUUCCUGGACUACAUGUGGCAGAAGAUGAGAGUGACAGGAGCUCCAGCCAGUAUGGACUCGCAGGAUGAGGAGAUGGACACCGCCUCUCUUCAGGUGCCACACCCCCUGUUCAUGAUUGACAAGCGAUCAGGUGAGGGUGGAGAUGGGACUAAGGAACAGGGGGAUGGAGAGGAGAGAUGGAAUGAGGGAGAGGCAGAGGAGGAUGAUGGUCUCGAGGAAGAUGCCAACUGCCCGGCCAACAUUGAGGAGGAUGAUGAUGAUGAAGUGAGUAUCACCAGGAAAGCCUCAGUCAGGAGACAAAGGGAAGAAAAUGGACAGAAAGGAAAAGAAAAUGGCAACCAUCACUCUGGCAGUGAGGAGAGUUCAAGAGAGGAGGACCGGGGAGACCAAACAGAGGCUAAGAUCCUCCUGUCUGCAGCGUCCCUUCCACCCCUCCAGGCAAUCAUCAGCUGAUGGCAGACUGCCCACUAAGGAUGCCUGAGUGUGAACCCGCGGGAGUCUCCUUCAGCGUGGACCACUGCCUGGAGCAACAGUGUGCCUUUAUAGACACUGACAGACAGAGAAGCAGGUCCUGAAUGACCUUUUAUAAUAAACUGGUUUUGAGGUCAAUAGGCCUGGCUGGCAGCCAUUUUGGAAAAAACGUGUCAUUUUUUCAUAAAUAGUGCCACAAGUUUUUCCUCACCAUGUUAGCUCAUUGGGAAAAACUUGUGAGUGCUAUUGGAAGCCUACUAAUGGUACCUAGUGGAAGCCUGCUACUGAUACCUAGUGGAAGCCUGCUACUAGAGGUCAGGAAUUGUCAAGGCUCUACCCGUAACUUCUUCCCCAUUCUUCAACAGAAACCAGUGCUUGUGAAUUUUUAUAUUUGUAUGUUGUUGUGCAGUCCUGCUCUUCCACCUAAACAUUUUGUUUGUCAUGAUUACAAAUGCAUCUGGAAUAAAUUGUAUGCCUUGUA